CCUAUUAUUUUGUCAUAUAAAGAUAAUGAUAUCGUUUAUCCUGAAAAACCAAGAAAAUAUAUUUUUGAUAGAGCAAACUGGGCUCUCUUUUCACAAAUGGCUUUUAUUACUCAGGAUAUGGUGGACAUGGAAAAUAUAGACGAUGCUAUCCAAAUCAUUACACAAAAAAUUUUGACAGCAGCUGAUACGGCAAUUCCAAAGUCAUCUGGGAAGAUACCAAAACUUUGGAAGCCAUGGUGGAAUGACGAUUGCAAAAUUGCUGAGAAGAAACAAGCCAAAGCCUGGAACAGGUUUCGACGUUAUCCUACUACGGACAAUUUUAUCGUUUUUAAACAAGCUAAAGCAUAUGCUAGAUUAAUCAGACGGAGAAGUCAGAGAAAUACGUGGAUGACAUUUGUUAAUUCUAUAAAGGGACGGAUUAGCUCCAAGCUAUUAUGGGACAAAGUCAGAAAGAUGUCUGGCCUUUUUAAAAAUGAAGUUCCUUUGACAUUUUUAAAUUCAAAUGGACAACUUAUUACAGACAUUAAGGCAAUAGCUAACACAUUGGGUGAGGCAUUCUCCAAAGUGUCUAGUGAAGCAGCUUACCCCAAGGAUUUUAUAUCUUACAAAUUAAAUGAAGAAAGAAUUUAUUUAGAUUUUAAUACAAACUCUAACGAGGAAUAUAAUUCAGACUUUAGUUUUAUAGAACUAAAAAGAGCAUUGCAAAAAUCUCGGGCUACUUCUCCUGGUCCUGAUAAUAUUCAUCUCUAUAUGAUCAACAAUCUUAAUGAACAAUCUUUAAAAAACAUCCUGCAACUAUAUAAUAGAAUCUGGCACAAAAACUGUUUUCCUAAUUCGUGGAGAAAAGCAAUAGUAAUUCCGAUCGCUAAACCAGGGAAAGACACCAAGGAUCCAAACAACUACCGGCCCAUAGCACUUACUUGUUGUUUGUGCAAAAUUUUGGAGAGAAUGGUAAAUGGUAAAAUUAAUAUAUAUUCUAGAAAGAAAGAAUUGGUUAUCUCCUUUUCAGAGCGGUUUCCGUCGAGGCAGAAGCACUUUGGACAACAUUUUACAAUUGGAAACAUCAAUCAGAGAGGCUUUUGUAAGCAAGAAACAUUUAGUUUCGAUAAUGUUUGAUAUGGAAAAGGCUUACGAUAGAACUUGGAGAUAUGGUAUAUUGCGGGACAUAUAUAAAAUCGGCCUCCGUGGGAAUUUACCAUUUUUUAUCGAAAACUUUUUAAGAACAAGGAAUUUUCAAGUUCGAUUGGGCAAUAUUCUGUCCGACAGUUUUCAUCAAGACGAAGGCGUUCCUCAGGGAAGCGUCCCAAGUGUAAUUUUAUUUAUCAUAAAAAUCAAUAAUAUUAUAAAAAAUCUUCCGUCAGGCGUUAAUGGCUCCUUAUAUGUUGAUGACUUCCAGAUACAUUGUUCAAGUGAAGACAUGGGUAUCAUAAGGGAAAAGCUCCAAGAAGCGAUUAAUAAUAUUUGUGAAUGGGGGAAAAUUAACGGCUUUACUAUCUCUUCUCAAAAAUCUGCAGCAAUUCACUUCUGCAGAAGACGAGGAUUGCACCCAGAUCCGAAACUUAAAUUAAAUAACCAACUAAUUCCCUUUGUUUCUGAAAUAAAAUUUUUAGGUAUGAUUCUUGAUUCAAAACUUACUUUUAACGCACACAUUGAUUAUCUGAAAAGGAAAUGCACCCUUUCCAUGAAUAUAAUGAAAAUACUCUCCAACUUAUGGUACGGGGCAGAAAGCAGCUCUUUACUCAAGAUCUAUAGAGCAUUAAUACGCUCAAAACUUGAUUAUGGUAGUGCUAUAUAUGGAUCUGCUUCGAAAUCUACAUUACGACCCCUCGAUACUAUACAUAAUCAGAGUCUCCGAUUGUCAAUAGGUGCAUUUAGAACUUCCCCAGUUUUGAGUUUGUAUGUUGUUUGCAACGAGCCUUCUUUAGAACAUAGACGUAACAUGUUAGCACUUAAUUUGUUUUUAAGAAUAAAAAGUGACGAUUCUCAUCCAUUACAUUAUAAAGUCAUAAAUCCUAUCUAUAGUUCAUUAUUCGCAUUGAGAUCUUCAUUCAUUCCCACUUUUGGUUUCAGGAUCGGGCAAAUUCUCAAAGAUCUAGGAAUAGAUGACUUCCCAGUCCUUAAUAAAUCGGACGAAAUUCCUCCAUGGAAAAAUACAAUUAUUAAUUUUAUUGAUACGUUUGAAAAAUGGCGUAAGCCGACAACAUUAAAUUUCAUUUAUCAGUCCAUUUUUAACGCUCACAGACAACAAUUUUUUAAUUAUGAAGCUAUUUUUACAGAUGGAUCCAAAGCUGGUAACAAUGUGGGCGCGGCUGUAAUGCUAAGGCAUGAGAUAUUCUCAGAAAGAUUGCACAGAUUCUGCUCCGUUUUCACAUCGGAAAUUUAUGCUAUAUACAGGGCUUUGAUAAAAAUAGCAGAAAAUAAUCAUAAAAGAAAUAUUUUAUACACAGACUCCAAAAGCGCAAUCGAAGCUCUCAAAAAUGUUUCACCUUCAAGUCACCCAAUAGUAGUGAAAUGUAUAGAAUAUUACCUAUAUUUAUCAGAGAAGGGUAUACAGAUAAUAUUUUGUUGGAUUCCUGGGCACUCAGGAAUUCAGGGAAAUGAAACAGUAGAUAAUGCUGCAAGAAGAUGUACAGCAUUAAUUGAAAAUUUUGUUCCUUUAAAUGAUGCUUUGCAAGCUAUAAAAAAUCAGCUUGCGAAAAAAUGGCAAAAUGUUUGGGACCAGCAAGAUAAAAAUAAGCUAUAUGAAGUUCAGCCCUUGGCAAGAUCUACAAAAAAUAAUAAUUUAAGCCGAAGGCAAUCAAUUCUAUUAAAUCGUCUUAAAAUCGGACACACCAGAUUGACACACAAACAUCUUCUCAAUUCAGAACCAGCGCCUACAUGCUCCUCCUGUCAUUGUCUUUUAACCAUUAAGCAUAUUCUGGUGCAAUACCCUAGUUUUAAUACAUGUAGACGAAACCAUUUUGGUAAAAAUAACAUUGAAUUAAAAGACUUGCUGGGAGAUAAUUCCCAUCCAAAUUUGUUUCUGUUUUUACAUGACAUAGGAAUUGAUAAGCUCCUUUGA